CAUUGACCUUAGUGUAGACAGUAAUGGAUGAUAGCUUGGAAUUAUUUAGCAGCGCUGUUCCUUCAGCCUUUAGCAAGGAUGACUUGGAGCCUGUCCCCGCCGCGUUGAGUGCAGUUGGAGGCGUUGAUUCUGGUAGAUGUACCUUCUACGAUGUAACUCUGGCCGAAAAGCUCGCGGAGUAUAUACGAAGAUCGUACGCUCAGGUCAUGUUGACAUUCAAAGAGCCAAAGAAUAGACCCCAGCCAGAAACGUUGGAGAAAACAUGGAAGGAAAUGGAAACAAUGUUGAUGAAAACGGCAGAAGUGGCCAAACCUGACCGAGACAAACGGGGCGUUGUGGUUAUAAAGCGAUCGUUAGAACUGUGGGUGUCUGAGAAGAAAGGGACGCUGAGCCGCAUGUUCUCAGCCAUGAAGUCCAAAGAUUCCAAUGAAAGUGAGAUCGCCGCAUAUCAGGCAAAAAUUGACCGACUACCACAUACAGACCACAAUAGUGUAUACAGCGAAGAGGCAAGCAAUGCCCUGGCGAUUCAAUUGUUAGAUAUCUGCGGAAGUUACCUCGAGCAUUGCAGGGUGGAAUGGGAUGACUCUGAUGACAUGGAUAAGCACAUCAGUGAGUGCUCGUUUAGGCCGUUCUCCUGUGAGAGUCCGGAGUGUGGCGUGAUGGUGUCGGUGAAGAAUUAUCCGGACCACGACAGCGUUUGCCCGUGGAAACGGCUUAGCUGUGAACAGGGCUGUGGGCUGGUACUACAACGACAGGAGAUGAAGAAGCAUAUGACCACAGUCUGUCCGAGGAAACCCAUAUCGUGCCCGUAUAAACGUCUAGGGUGCGACGCGGCCUUAGUGCUUGAGACCUUAGAAGAUCAUCUCAGCACUGCCACAGACACACAUCUGUGGCUGGCAGUACUAUUACUUGAUAAACAAGACACGUACAUUCAAAGCUUACAACAGAAGAUGGACGAACUCAUGGACAUAGUGGAAUCAACAGAACAGGACUUAAAGGAGCAGCACUCGGUGAAAGUCAGAGCUAUAGAAAAGCAAAUGUCAUCGCUCAAAUCAAGCAUCAGCUCGCACAGCUCGACAACGAAGAAAGAGGUCGCCAGGGUGAAGGAGGAACAGGAUCGAAUUCGAACUCAAUACAGAGUUGGAAAAAUAUAAAGUACGGAGAAAAGUC